AUUUAAAUUAAGGAAAAUAAGUUUGCAUGAGUCUGGGACAUGGGGCUGUAGUGAUGGCUACCACGUCACAGACCUCCUGCCCUGCACACAGUGGGUUCUGCACAGAAAGUAUAAAGAAGAAUCGUGGAGAAUACAAAAAAUCAUGCUGCAUUCAGCAACAUGUCAGCAAUGCAUGGACCCUGAGAUGAGAAAUGCACAUGGCUAAAUUGGUAAAUAGAACACAAUGAAACACACUAAAAUAAAAUCCACUGCAUGAAAUACAACUUGCAAUCCCUGACAACAGGAAGGGACUUGUUCUUGUUAUCUGCUAAUAUGGACAUGAUGAUUGUGCCCCAAAUGUUUCAAACAGCAGUUGGUGGUGAUUGAUUUGAUCUCAAGAAUGAACAUUGUCAGUCAAAAUCUCAACUGAAGACACUGCAGCAAAAUUCCUGAGGCAUCUUAAAAAAAACUCAGCCCAAGUAUUGGAUCACAAUGAAGUGCUGCAGAAAUCAUUCUUUUCUGAAUGCCAGCUCUUCACAGCAGAGGGUCCUGAUGACAUCACAUCCUCUCCUAUAAGUUACAUAAGCUGCCUCCAACGUGCAGUGAGCAACAUCACCCGCGCUCCGCUGCACCGCCCCAAGGACCAUGGCCGGGUCUCCUGCACUGCUCCUCCUGCUCAGCCUGGGGCUCUGCUGCACUGGUGCCCAGGGACAGAGGAACAAGAUGGAGGCCAGGUUCCUCAACAGGAAUUUGAAGCACCCCCAGGAGGGACAGCGGCUGGAGCUGGAGUGCCUGCCUUACAACAAGGACAGCGGUGUCUCCUGGAUUCGACAGGACAAGGAUGGGAAACUUCACUUCAUCGUCUACAUUUCUGUGCUUUCUCGGACCACCUACCCAGGGAGCAAGACAACAUCUUCACAAUUUGAGGGGUCAAAACAAGAAAACUCCUUUCGGCUGGUGGUGAAGAACUUCAAGGCACAGGACCAGGGCACCUAUUUCUGCUUCAGCAACAUCAACCAGGAGCUGCACUUCAGCUCUGGACAACCCGCCUUCUUCCCAGUCACAACAACAUCAGCACCCACCACACCUGCUACCACCAACCAGAGCAGCCAGAUCACCAAGAAAGACAUCUGCAUGCAGAGCUCAGAUCCAGAAACAAGCAACAAGAACAUGCUGAAUUUCUACUGUGAGAUUUACAUCUGGGCUCCCCUUGCUGGCGCCUGCCUCGUGCUCCUUGUAGUUCUGGUUGUCACCAUCGUGCUCUGUCAAAAGACCAGAAGACGACGAUGCAGGUGUAAGAGACCUCCAAAUGGGAAGCCUGGUGCAAAACCCAGUGUACCAACCCGACACAUAUGAGCAGCUGCAGCGCCCGGCUGCUGGUCAGCAUCUGGGAGCCACUGCUGCCAAAGGCAAUCUGCCACAUAGCUACUAGUCUUCGAGCAUGCUAUCCUGAGAAAUCCAGAAAGACAGCAAAGGAGCAGAGUCACACAGAGCCAGCACCUCCCUGAAGCACAGCUCUUACUGAACCAGAACUUUUCCAUUGGAUUCCAAAGGCCCAACACCACCUUCAGACCCAGCAGAACUCUGUGGUUCCAGCAGAAGAAAGCAGUCGAUCCUGAUGCAAAGACCCAUCGGUGACAAGUGGAUGAGAAAUAAGGAUAUUGACUGAUCUGCCCCCUUUUUUGUGGUGCUGUGCAGCCCCCUCAAAGUUUCACAGAGUCACAGAACGGCUCAUGUUGGAAGGGACCUUACAGACCAUCACAUCCCAACCCCAGCCAUGGGCUGGGUGCCACUACCGGGUCAGGCCGCCCAGGGCCCCAUCCAACCCAGCCCUGAGCAAAGUUUCAUCUCAUAUAACAUAGGGCUGCACUGAGAAAGCAAACAAGGAUAUAAAGGCUGUACUUUUGGGAGUUUUACACUCCUGCAGGCUGAAGUUUCUUAUUUCCCCUUUGCUCCCUUCAUCCUGCUGCUAACCCCACACCCACUGUGCUCAGCACUUCCACCUGGGCACAAAGUGGGACUUCCCUUCUUUCUGGAAUAACUGGUUGAGUAUCAAUAAAUUAACAGCCUCUGUUACUUGCUUUGGCUAAGCAGGACUUUCAGCAUACUUGGGGCACUGCGAGCAAGAGUUGUUUAUUUUUUCACCUCUGUGCCUGAUGUAAAUAUUUCCUCAUUACAGUGACACGUCAACACCUGAGAUAAAAUAAAGCAACGUUUCCAGACAGA